UUCAAUUUAAAAGUUUUAAAAUAAUAGUAAAGUAUAAAAGGAGGCCGUUGCAGCUGAUCUAUAUCAGUUAAGAGUUUAAGUUCAAUAGAAAGACUACAGUCAUUAGCAAAACAUUUAAAACUAAAAAACAAAAUGCAAAUCCAUUCCUGUGGCAUCGUAAUUGCAGCAGCACUUUUCGGAAUUGCUUCCGCAGGAUAUGCUCCCAUUGGACAUGCUACCAGUUACGUGUCACGUGUGCAACAUACUGUCCACCACCAAGGCGCCCUUGAAAAUGGCAGUCACGGCAAUUAUGGCCACGGAGAAUACAACCAUCAUCUCGGGCAUCAACACGAACCUCAUCACUAUCCAAAAUACUCAUUCGAAUAUGGUGUGAAGGACGCACACACUGGUGAUCAUAAGAGCCAAUGGGAACAUCGUGAUGGUGACCAUGUCAAAGGCACUUAUACCCUGGAGGAAGCCGAUGGCACCACUCGCGUCGUUGAGUAUACAGCUGAUGAUCACAAUGGCUUCAAUGCGGUUGUCAAGAAGAUCGGUCAUGCGCAUCAUCCUCAACUUUACCAUAAUGGAGGAGUUUUUACAGGUCGCUAUUGAAAAGUUUGCAUAUCAAAAGUAUGACGCUCUCAUCGACCCAGUAGCACCCGUUGGUAAUUGGAAUAAACAAAAAUCAUGGAACAAGUUUAGUAUUUUCG